UUAGAUUUCUUAAGAUUUGGUUCAUCUAUAUAAUUAUAUCUUCUCACUCUUGUGCUUUACUUUUCGUUUAAAAAAUUAAGAUGUUGCUUUAAUUGGAGUUUGCUUCCGGGAUGUUGCUACGAUUGAUUAAGGAAGUAAAGAUUACGAGAGUAUUUUUAGAGAAAUGGAAGAGAAUGAGAUAUGUAUAGGACAUUCUUCACUUUACGAGUGGUACGCGCAUAUUUCCUUGAAGCCAAAGGAAUUGGGAAGAAGCACAAAUAAUUUAUUGAAUGGGAAAGCUGAGCCCAUUGAGAAGCUAAAGUUGGCACAAUCCUUAUUUGUUAAAAGAAUGUCUGAAAGGCUUAAUACUUUUUCGCUUGGGAAGGUUGAUGGAGAUGAACAUGCUGAGUUUGGCAAGAAAUUUAUUAACCCAUGGUCUCCCUUCACCGUAGAAGAGCUUUUAAAGAAGAUACAGCCACAAAUCACAAAAUAUGAUGUAUACCACCUGAGUAAGAAAGCUUAUUCUGGAAAAGUAGCCUUAUCUUCUUUGAAGAAAUAUUCAAGGAAUAAAAUUAUUGAGAUAGGUGGAAGGAAGUAUCAGAUUAAGGGGUGUGCUGGUCAGGGUGGCUUUGCUCAAGUAUCUAAAGCGCAUGUUGAUAGGAAUCCAGAUGAUGUUGUUGCAUUAAAGAGAUCAAGCUUUGGUUUUGCGCAUAAAAUUCAUAUCUAUUAUGAUUUUAGCAUACUCAUAUGUGACUAUCUAUCUCAUGGGACACUUCAGGAUGCCAUUAAUUCUUAUGUUGUCACUGGCAAGUUCAUGGAAGAGGUAUUAUGUAUUUAUUACACUAUGGAGAUGCUUUAUAUGUUGGAAACUUUGCAUAGUGUUGGCAUUAUUCAUGGUGAUUUCAAACCUGAUAAUCUCCUCAUUCGCUAUUCUAAGUAAGUGUUGCUUUCCAUCUCAUCAUUAUAGAUAAUGACUGAAGGUUUAGUACAAAUUUCUUGUACGCUUGUAGCUAUAGAUUGUUACUUGAUAU